CGUCAACGUGUGACAUGCAUUAAUGACCGUUGAACGCGACAACGACGUGAAGUUGGAAACGAAAAAAAAAAAACGGAUGUCGGCAAUUUCAAGAAACAAGGAACAGUCGAUUAUAGCGUCAUCUACAUCAAGUCUUAACUUUCACUCCCCAGUGUAUAUUAAAAAUAAAAAGUUUUAAGCUAAAAGACUUUGCUCUAGUCGCAUUGUUACAUUUGACAACUGAUAGUCAAUGUCACAAAUCAUGACUGUCAUGUCAGUUUGACAUUUCAGCUGUCAAUGAGGUUUCGGAUUUGUGGUUAUCUUCGCUCAAGUUCUCGAUUUUACUUAUUUUUUCUAGAACUUUGCUCGGUGAUUCAUUGCGCGGAAUAAAAGCAUAGUGAUUUGUGUUUACAUCAUUAGUAGCGUUACACACAUUGAGCGGAUUAUUGUCUGUUUAUGUGAAGUUUUAUUCGUACUGAAAGAAAAAGUACAUAAGAAAUGGAAUCAAGUAAUUCACCGUCCCGGACGAGUCAUAAUUCUGGUAGGGCAGGCCAGUUGCUCCCUGUACAAAGUGCUCCACUGCAGUCUAAUUCAGCUGUCGCCAGCCAUGAGGCUUCACAUGUAUCUAUACAACCUAGAGCACCCAGAAGUUUACAGGGUCUUUUGAAGUAUGCUAUGGAAGCAACACAGGCUCAAGAUGCCCCAGGAAAUGCAGAUCUACGAAUGGAUGAAGAGAGGCGACAAUUCCUAGAGGAAGCAUUGAGAAGUUUGACAGUGAAUGUGACAGAGGUACUUGAUAAUGCCAUCAAAGUUCUGACAAACUCGGUCAAGAUGAAUCACAUUAAGAUGGAGGAUCAGCUGCCCGAUGAAGUGAAGAACUCUUUCACUGUGUUACUGGAUCAUGUUGAUAAUAUUGAUGUGGCUAAUGAUUUCCACAAGAUGGGAGGUUUCGCCAUGUUCCCAAUAUGUUACAGCAGUAAGAAUGCAGAAAUAAGAGAGAGAGCCAGUGCUGUGUUGGGCACGCUGUGUCAGAACAACCCGUAUUGUCAGACCCGGGCGUUGGAGUGUGGCCUGCUACAUGUGUUGCUGAAUCUAGUGCAGACGGAACAGGGGCAUACGCUCACCAAGUGUCUCUAUGCUAUAUCAUGUUCAACUCGCGAGUUCGAGCCAGCCUGUCGCGAGCUGAUUGCUCAGGGUGGCUGCAGCACCCUGGUUGCAGUACUCAGUGCUCCUGAACCCGCUGCUAAGACUAAGGCUGCCUUCCUCAUCAGAUAUUUCUGCCAGCAUUAUCCUGAAGCGAAAAAACAAUUCAUCAAACAAAAUAUAGUGACGAUAAUAAUUGCCAAGAUCCAAGAAAAUCGAGACGAGAGUACGGAGCACUUACUGAGCAUUUUACAAGUCCUAGUGACAAGCAACGAUGCCACUGUUCUGAAGCAAUGUAGGGAGCCUAGGUCUAACCUUAAGAAAAUACUAGAAAACCAUCUAAGUAGACCGGAACUGAGUGAUGAUAGAUUCACUGAAGAAAAAGAGUAUUGUCAAGAUGUAUUACUGCAUGUAUUUGGUAGUACUGUGAACAACCAGGCUAUAAGAUAGUUUUAAGUCUUGUGUAGUUUAAUUGUGUUGUUUUUGUACUAAAUUAUUAUGUUCAUAAGAAGGCGCUAAAACGUGUCUGAUUGCGGUAACUUGGUAUACUAUACAAUGCAAAUUAUGCAUUGGUGAAUUUUUUUCUCUUAUUUAACUACGAAUUAUGUAAAAGUUUGCGUACGGAUUAUGAAAUUGGUGCGACCAUUUGUGAAUAUAAUUAAUUUAGUAUGCAGACAAAACUCAGUUUACUUGUAAAUAUUGUUUUGCAGGUGUAAAUGAAUGACUUAGUUGUAAAUGUCAGCGCUUCCAGCCUGUUUGAGAAGCUGCAGGGUUUUAUAUCGAAAUAGCUUAAUUUAGUGGAAUUUUAAUUUUUGAUAUCUGUGUUCUCAUUCUCGAAUGUGAUUGUCAGUUUAUUAUUUUUUCUCUGAAAGUUUGAAUAUACAGUGAUGAACUGCCUACUAGCAUUUAUAAGCAAGUACCUGAUAAUUUAUUUUGAAUUCGUUCGAAAUAUAAUCCAUAUUCCAAUCAGCAUUUAAUGACACCAUUUUAAAGAAAUAUCAAUUUUAAAAAUAAGAAUAUUUCAAGCGUCUACAUAAAAUAUGGCUGUCAUGAACAAGCAAAUUCAUUUUUUUAACGGUAACAGCAAAACUACAUCUUUAACAUCAUCUCUAAUGAAGAUUGCAUAUUAUAUGCAACAUCAAGAGUAUUUAUUGUAUUUUUAGCUAUCGCACACAAAAGUUACAGCUUUAUAUUAACAAGAAUAAUAACAGCGACUUAACUAUGUAAAUAAUAAAGUUUUUAAGUUGUAAAAGUUGGUUUUAUUUAUGAAAAUUACAAAGGUGUUAGCACAUACAUAUUUUGACACUUUUUUCAGCUAGAAUUGUUGUAGCAUUGGUAUUUUCUCACAUACAAGAUUUAAUAGACAUGCUUACACUGACCUCUAUCAUGCUUAUUUCAAACAUGGAACGUCAUAAAUGAUUUAUCU